GAGACUUUAAAUUUUUCAAACCUGCUACCAUGGCCAGAAGAAGACAGAAAACAAGAACCCAUAAGAAGCUCACGGCAGAAGAGUUGGCCAAGAUCCCCAAGUCGAUGGUGCUCAGACUCGGGCUGUCGUUAAAAAACCACUCGUUGAGCCUGCUUGUGAGAGAUUUUAGAUAUGUGAUGCAGCCUCACACGGCCAUCAACUUGAGAGAAAGAAAGAGUAAUAAGUUGAAGGAUUUCAUCGUCAUGGCCGGACCGUUGGGCGUCAGCGACUUGUUCGUAUUCAAGCAAUCGGAAUCUACUGGUAACUUGUCGCUCAGAAUCGGAAAGAUGCCCAGAGGACCUAUGUUGCAAUUCAAGAUAAAUCUGUAUUCAUUGGUAAAAGACGUUCAAAAGAUCUUAAAACACCCCAAGACAGUUGGUAAGGACUCUCCCGAGUUUCUUAACCCGCCAUUGCUUGUGUUGAACGGAUUCCUGGGUAAAAUGAGUGAAGCCCCGCCUCAUGAGAAAUUGAUGGUAACGGUGUUCCAAAACAUGUUUCCUCCUAUCCAGCCCCAACUGACAAGGGUCACCAGCAUCAAAAGAAUUUUAAUGAUCAACAAGGAUCCCGAAACUCAGGAGAUCUCCUUGAGACACUAUGCCAUCGACACCAAACUUGUCGACACUUCUCGUAACAUUAAGAAGUUGAUCAACUCUCAUCACAAUUUAAAGAAAAGCCUCCCUAUAAUGACCAAAAAUGAAGAUGUCAGUGACUUGUUGUUGGACCCAUACUCGGUCGGCGGAAUGACCUCCGAUAGUGAAGUGGAAGACGAUGCCAUUGUCGACAUUAACGAAGAAAACCAGGCAUCUGCCACAAAAAAGGUUCCCGAUCAGCAACAACCACAAGAAAUCACCCGUAAAAAGGCCAUCAAGCUCACGGAGUUGGGCCCCAGAAUCAAUAUGAGCUUGGUCAAGAUCGAAGAGAAGUUGACCGGCACCUCCAAGACCAUUUAUCACUCCAAGAUUGUCAAGACGCCAGCUGAGUUGAAGAACUUGGAGAAACUGGCCGGAAUCAAGAGAAAGUUGAAGGCCGAAAGAAGAGCCAAGCAAUUGGAGAAUGUUCAAGCCAAAAAAGACAAAAAGGAUGAGAAAAAGGCUAGAAAGAAGGCUAGAAUUGCCGAUGAAAAUGGUGAAAAUCGGGACAUUGAGCAAGAUCAGUCCAGUGACAGUGACAGUGACAGUGACGGACCCGACGUCGAUCAAUAUGAGAUUGAUAGUGAUUUGUAUAGUGAGUAGAAGAAUGAGUCAUGCAUGUUUAACUUAUAAUUGUUCGAUCUGGCUGAUGAUGCUGGAGAUUUUGUUCUGGAGGUUUACCAAUUCCACCGAAUUUAUUAGGGCCAAGUUGAAAGACGCCUGUGCUUCUCUCAAUUGGUACGGCACGAGGGCACCGAAUUGGUUAAUUGGGUCUUUGUAUAGCGAGUUUCCAAACUCCUCCGUGUGGCUGAUACUUUCAUUCUUUGAGCGGUGGACACUCGAAGACACAGCGGUGUUUUGGUUUUGUUUUGUGGUUUGGUCCUUUUUGGUGUAUUCGGGUUCCUUGUCGUGUUUCUUCAGUUCCUGGCGUUGGAGGUAGUCCUCAAGCUCGAGAUUUGGGCCGGAUUUGAUGUUUUUACAGGCCAAAUAUGAUCUGAGGUCAAAGUCUUUGACGCCAUAGGUCCGCAAACCACCACCGUUGAAGUUGGCUCUGCUGAGGUUAAGGAAACCAUCGAUGAAGUUGGUUCUAAACGAGGUGUUGGCAAGCGACUCGUACUGGUCGACGAGGUGUAGGAGCUGUUCAGUUAGAAUGUCUUUGUGGUUGGAGGGAUCCAUGUUGAAAUGCUGCGAAUAUUGGAAU